CGCUCGCUCGCAGCUGCUCGCGGUCGGCGCCUUGGGCAAGGCGGUGCGCGGGAGGAUGGACGGGCCCUGCGACGUGAGGUGCGCCACCGUGGCCAGCCCCGUGGGGCAGAUCCAGAUCUCCGGCUGUGAGCAGGGUCUGCAUGGGCUCAGGCUGCUCGGCAGGAAGACGCCAGACGCUGGCCCCGCCGAGGCCCCCUGUCCCGCUGAGCCGCCCGGCAGCCCGGAGGAAACGGUGGAGCCCCUGAUGGAGUGCGCGGCCUGGCUGGACGCCUAUUUCCACGAGCCCUCAGCCCUCCAGGAGCUCCCCGUGCCUGCUCUUCACCACCCCGUCUUCCUGCAAGACUCAUUCACCGGACAGGUGCUAUGGAAGCUGCUGAAGGAGGUGAAAUUCGGAGAAGUGGUUUCUUACCAGCAGUUAGCAGCCCUGGUAGGCAGCCCCAAAGCUGCGCGGGCCGUGGGCGGAGCAAUGAGAAACAACCCUAUCCCCAUCCUCAUCCCGUGCCACCGAGUGGUCCGCAGCAGCGGAGCCGUGGGCAGCUACUCCGGAGGACUGGGCGUGAAGGAGUGGCUUCUGGACCAUGAAGGCAGCCUGGAGGGGACACCAGCCCGUGCAGGGGGCUCCCGUCCAGCCAGAACCGGCACGGGGCCCUGAGGGGCAGCAGCAGCUCCGAACCUGCCGGCCGGCACUAGGAGUAGAUGUGUGACCCGCCAGUGUGGCGGCAGGCCAGGGGUCUGUGUGGGGCACCACCACAAUAAAGCAGCUGCCGUGUC